ACAAAUGAUCGCUUGCUUUGUAAGGAAAGCGGAUCAUGUUAUCCAAUGUUUCUCCACAGACCUGACUUAAACUUGUCUUCUCACACAAAACGUCUCCCACUGAGAUAGCUCAGAGUGGGUCACUAUAAUGAUUAACACAAUGGAGUGCGUAGCAGACGCACAGAGCCUAAUCUCAAUUUCUCUUAUGAAGAUCCACAACUCCCGAACCCAGAGAGGGGGAAUCAAGCUGCACAAGAACCUGCUGGUGUCUUAUGUCCUGAGGAACGCCAGGCAGGUCUACAUAAAGGAGAAGUACGCGGAGAUCUACAGGAUGCAACAGUACGAGGAGGUGAUGACAGUCUGCAAUGAAAUACAAGAGCUGAACCCGCUCGAACUGGACGCGGAGGACACAGAGGACGAGGACCUGACCAGGACUGCGUGCUGUGGAGAGGAGUUUCACAGAGGCAGCAUCAAGGAGCCGGAGCCCGUGUACUACCGGAGCUGCUGCAUGGAGGCUCCACUUCCGUCCCCGUGUGACCAGCUCCCCGUCAACAUCAACAUGCACUGUAACAAAACAACGGUCCUGGACCUAGACACGCACGUAGUGACCACUGUGGAUAACGGCUAUAUCCAUCAGGACUGUUGCUGCGACGCGUUCCAGUGUGCGCAAAGCGCACAGUCUCCUGCUAAAAAGAGGAAGAUGGACUUCGGGUACUGUGCGUCUGAUUUAGACGACUUUACUACAUCUAGAAAGAGACUGAAGCGAGAAGACUGUCUAUACUCGUGCCAGGACUUCACAGACACUUCUAACAUCUCCAAUUUGAUAUCCAUCUUUGGAUCGGGGUUUUCUGGGCUGCUAAGCAGACAAGCGGACUUGGAGCAGAUCUGUAGCAAGCAAGCACUGGCUGGUCUAGGCGCAUGGACUCGGGCGAUAGUGGCAUUUUGAACACUUUACAGUUGUGGGGACCUGGUUCAGUUGUAACACUCCACACAUUCUUACAACGUGAAAACAACUGUCCACGGCUUUAAGGUCACAGAUGCCGUUAAAGUAGGCUACAUCAUUACAGCUGCUACUACGUCGAAGUAGCCAAAUUAAAAGUGUUUUGUUGCCCGCCAGAAUUUGUGCAGCUAUUAUGAAAUAUUCUCCAAAGCGUAUUGGGAACAUUCGUGAAAUAAAGGCACAGUGUUAUUCAAGUAUUACACGAUAAUUGGACAAUUUGCAGCAUUUCGGUCCAUAGUAGCACAUGUAAGCGAGUUAAUUGUUACGCACAAAUCUGUCAUGGGUUGGGUCGACGACUCAAAGCCCAAGCACUUGUCAAUAGAGUAACUGGCCUAUAUGUUUUGACACAUUCACAUUUUGAGCAGACAUGAGUUACAUGAAUCCAUGAGUCUUGUCUCAUGUGUUGCAUUUUGUAUUCAGGUUACUUGGUGUGACAUCACUCUGAUUGCUUCUCACCACUGGAGGACGUGGGGCGUUACAACUGAGCCUAUCUCUUUUCUAACUUUAGAUCGAAAUUACUUUAUUUUUACAGAAUAUAUUUAAAAACAAGCCGUUUAAUGACAAUUGUAUGUGAUAUGUGGAGAUCUCCUGUUUACAUGUAGGCCGAAUACACUUAAUGGAGAUGGGGAGGAUGGAAAAGUUGCCUUAAUAUUAAUGCACACUACAGCUAGCUAUUGUCAUGAAUUGAAAGUACAAUGAAAGUGACUGAAUGUCUUGUUUGCUCCUGUUCUUUCGGGGUAUUGCACAUUCAAAACUGUUGUUCUGUGAAACCUGUCCCUGCUAAAAAACUUUGUGGGUUCAAUGUCCUCAUUGAAUCAGUGCCGUUCUCUUCAUGUGUUUGUCACUAUGCCUCCCCCCAGUGUUCACUCUCUCAAACGCUCAACACUACUUUAGAACUCCAACCUGUCCUGGUUUUUUGAGUGCGAUUUUGUUUGAAAUAGUCCUUUUGUUUUAAAAAAGGCAAUCUCAUUAUUUAGCCAUACUCUAAAGAGAUCCAUGCAUUAGCUUUAUGAGCACUAUGUGUACCAAAAUAAAGAGAGUAUUCAGCCAUUCUCUAUAUUCUUGUUAUCCAUGUAUUUUUGUGCCCAAAAAAUUGUAUAUCACCGGGUAAAACUGUUGCUGAAAAAUAUUUGUUAAAAAUUUAUAAUCUUAAUAAAAAAAAAAGUGAAAA